CACGAAACCUCCUCCCCAAACCAACACCAAUCUACUAUGACCCUCCAACCCCCCAAAGUCGCCUUCGUAACCGGCGCCAACGGCAUCAGCGGCUACGCCAUUGUCGAGCAUCUAAUCCGACAACCCAAAGAAGAAUGGUCUCGAAUCAUCGUCUCAUCCCGACGUCCCCUCCCAGUCCCAUGGAUCGAUCCCCGCGUGGAAUUCGUGGCAGCCGACUUCCUGCAACCAGUCGAGAAAAUCAUGGCAGAGCUGCAAGACAUCUGCGCCCCGGUCACGCACGCAUACUUCACCUCGUACGUGCACGACGAUGAUUUCCGCGUCCUCAAGGACAAGAACGUCCCGCUGUUCCGCAAUUUCCUGGAGGCAGUGGAUGCAGUCUGUCCGGCGCUGCAGCGCGUGAGUCUGCAGACCGGCGGCAAGUACUACGGCGUCCACCUGGGCCCCGUCAAAGUGCCGCUGGAGGAGUCUUUCCCGCGGUACGAGGACCAGGGGUACAACUUCUACUACAACCAGGAGGAUUACCUCCGGGAGGUGCAGGGCCGGCGCGGGAGCUGGUCGUAUAACAUCAUCCGGCCGAACGCCAUUAAUGGUUAUGCUCCGCAUGCGAACGGCAUGUCCGAGGCCCUCACCGUCGCGAUCUACAUGCUGAUCUGCCGCGAGCUCGGUCAGCCGGCCACCUUUCCGGGCAACGAGUACUUCUGGAACUCGAUCGACGAUAACUCCUACGCCCCGAGUCUGGCCGACCUCACCGUGUGGGCGUCGAUGCACGACCACUGCAAGGAUGAGGUGUUCAACCAUGUCAACGGCGAUGUCUUUGUCUGGAAGCACAUGUGGCAGAAUGUGGCAGAAUAUUUCGGGGUGGAGGCACCGGAGCCGAACUUCGAAAAAGCGUCAGGGCAGGCCAAAACCCUCAGUAACGAAAUUGACAUGGUGGAAUGGGCGAAAGACAAACAAGAGGUCUGGGAGCGGGUUGUGCAGAAGUAUGGAGGCAAGCUGGAGGCUUUUGGCUGGGGCACCUGGAGUUUCUUCAACUGGGCGACCGGGAAAUCCUGGCUGACCAUCUCUUCCAUCAACAAGGCGAGGAAGAUGGGUUGGACGCGACACGACAAGACGUUCGAUACCUGGAUUGAGACGUUUCGGUCAUUCGAGAAUGCCGGAGUUCUACCUCCGCACAGGGCGUUGACAGGAGGAAGGAAUCGGGUAUAGUGGUCUGAGCCCCGUGAUAGCUGGACAAAUGAUCCAAGACGGUGGCUCCAUCCAGGGGAGAUGCUAUUUUUGUUGACCCUUGAAUGUUCAACAUUCAAAUGCCAUGUGUUGGCGCUUGAAGCUUCAAGUCUGGUAGCAUUCCUUGUGGUGGUGCGGGGACUGCGUAGAAGAACAACGACGCGCCCCCCCUGAAUAUCAACAGGCCAAUUGAGGGUGUGACUUCGCUCAAGGGCAAGUAGAUUCAAUCGAGAUUUGUCAAGGAAGUAAAAGAGGUGUCUAUAAGAACUUCAAGGUUAUUUCGCAUACCUCCAGCCUCCUCCAAAAAGUCACGCCAAGUAUAGUCAGCCAGCGGC